AUUCCCCACUCAUAUUCGCCAGUGGAAUUGGUCCCCUGUAUCUGCUUUCACACUAAACCCCUUUUAAAUUAAAAAUAAUACCCAGAAAUCACCGUUCCUUUCAAAUCAUCCACGCGAAACACAAAAUCACCUUGCAGCUCACCGCACCGCCUAAAAUCCACACUGCUUUAUCUUUUCUCGUGAAUUCUCCCUGCCGAUACGUCACCGUUUUGGUUAAUCCGGUUCGCAAAAAACGACGUCGCCGACCUGAGAAGGCGGGGAAGAAGAAGAAGAACGCGUAGUCGUUUGAUUUUGCGCAGAGUGAAGAAAGUGAAGAGAACAAAUGCUCGAUGCAUAGUUACAAUUGCAAGCCCUUCAUAUUCUUCAGGCAGUGAAGAUAGGUUGAGGUUUAAUUUUGUUAGAGUAAGUGGUGAAAGGGAAUAGAAAAGUGAAAAUCGGAACCAGGAGAUGCAAAUGGAAGCUAGGGUUGGAGUGGCGGUGGACGGUGGUGUACGGAAACUUGUGCAGCCGCCGCCAAAGCAGAUUGGAACUGUUUCGCAACUUCUCGCCGGGGGAGUCGCUGGCGCUUUAAGCAAGACAUGUACGGCGCCGCUUGCGAGACUCACCAUCCUCUUCCAGAUUCAGGGAAUGCAUUCCAACGUUGUGACUUUGAGAAAGGCCAGUAUAUGGAAUGAGGCUUCCCGGAUUAUCCAUGAAGAGGGGUUUAGGGCUUUCUGGAAAGGGAAUCUGGUGACCAUUGCUCACCGGUUACCUUAUUCUUCGGUUAACUUUUAUACUUACGAGCACUACAAGAAGUUGCUAAAGAAGGCUACGGGACUGCAAAGUCAUAGAGAUAAUGUUAGUGCAGACCUUUGUGUGCAUUUUGUCAGCGGUGGCAUGGCAGGAAUUACUGCUGCUACAUCUACUUAUCCCUUGGAUCUUGUAAGAACGCGGCUAGCUGCGCAGACAAAUUUUACCUAUUACAGAGGUAUCUGGCAUGCUUUACACACAAUUAGCAAGGAAGAGGGGAUACUUGGACUUUAUAAGGGACUUGGAACUACACUCUUGACUGUAGGGCCAAGUAUAGCUAUCAGCUUCUCUGUAUAUGAAUCCCUGAGAUCUUUUUGGCAGUCAAAUAGAUCCAAUGAUUCUCCUGUUGCUGUUAGUCUGGCAUGCGGCAGUCUUUCAGGCAUUGCAUCAUCAACAGUGGUUUAUUAUGCUUUUUGAUGCAGAGAAAGAGAGUUUGGUGCAGGAACUGCACCAAGUAUCUAACCAGAUUGACCCCUAGAACCAGAGACCAGGUUGGAGUUUUUAUUUUAUCUGGGGCAUAUGACAAUAUAUAGUAAGGAAGACGUUAAAAAGACCCUUUUCUUGUCUUUCUCUAACUUCAUUAUUGUCUAAAGAUCUUGCUCAAGUAAUCAUCUUCCCAAGGUUUGUUCUAUGACAUGUCUCCCCAAGCUUUGCAGUGGAUUUCAUCAUGGGGUGGCAUUGCUUGGAUGAACCUAUAUGAUUUCCUCAGUUAACAAAUGUGAGAGCUGUCCUCUUUGAGGUAUGCUUCUCACUUAAGGCUACCUUCACCUGAUGUAUGGCUGGGUACCGGAAUCCUCUUCAGACCUUGUUGAUGUGUUUCUGAAGAAUCUGUUUUUACAGCUUUAAUAGUAUUGCUUUCAGCAUAUUCUAAAAUUCUGAAUGGUGGAAAUUAUGGUACCAAAUUAAUAAAAUUAAUUAUUUAUGAUAAAGUAUUUUUGAUAAAUGGAAUCGUCCACAAAGAACUACUGUUAAACAGGGGACAAAAACCAAAUAUUACUGAUUGGGAGAUGGGUAAUUGUGUCAAGUAUUAUUUAGAGACUAACCACAUGCAUGCCAAACUUUAGUAGUGUCCUUUUAUCAAUUGUGUCACUAAAGGUUGUCUGCCCUUCUGCUGCAGCCAUUGUAUGUUCAGGUAAGGCUGUAUUUUACUGAGACUCUUACUACUUGAAGACAAUUUUACCGUUUUUGCGUGUUUGGAUUUUUUAAAUACUGCAGCUAUUACCAUGUUAUGAUGGACUUGCGCAUCCAUAGUUUCUUAAUGUCAAAUGAUCACAAAUUCUAUGUUCAUCUUGGUUAUUCUUUAGAAUAUCCUAUAAAGUUCAAGUGCAGGUUUUGCUACUUUGUCAGAGAUACAGGAUCACUACAAUAAGAAAGUCCCAUUUUGUCUUACAGUUCACUGGUUUUUUACUUCAAAUGCAGUUUAUUUUGACUUCAUUUCUUGCUUUGGAGUUAAUUUGCACUUCUGUUGAUUAAUCAUCAUACCACUUUGAUAAUGCACUGUCUUGUCCCAAACAUUAACGAUCUGAUGUAAAAUCGAGUUGUUGGUUACUAGAAUGGGUAUAGUUCAAUCCAUCUGUUAUUCUAUAUGCAGCAACGUUUCCCUUGGAUCUUGUGAGGCGGAGGAAGCAACUUGAGGGGGCUGGUGGGCGAGCCCGUGUUUAUACAACAGGCCUCUAUGGUGUUUUUAGGCAUAUAAUCCAGACAGAAGGCGUGCGUGGUCUUUACAGAGGAAUUU